AUGUUGUGCUACCGCCUUGAAGUCCAGCUCUGUCUGGACUGGCUCUACUACAGCACCAACCGUGUUAUGGACGACAUCAUCGACAGCGAUGAGAACCAGCUGCAGGGCAUGGCCUCGCCUGUGAUGCUCUGGCGGCUCACCCAAGACAUUGUUGGGCUGUGCGACUUCGUGCUCAUCCCGACCAUGAUGCCGGACGUUCCUCAAGACUGUGAGCCUGACGUCGCCGCACGCAGGCACGUCGAGCGCACCCUCGCGUCUAACAUCGAGCACUUGGCGCUCUGCGCCAACCCCGAAACUCUGCACGCGCUGAACUUCCUCUGGGACAACUGGACCGCAUGUCUCCGCAACGGUCAGGGCGAGAAGCGCGAGGACAUCCAGAACGAACGCACCCACAGGCUUGUCAUCAAUAACGAACUGCCCAGCGACAUCAGGAACGAAUGGGCCAACCGCAUCAAGAACGGAGUGGCCUACAUCUCCCACAUCGCGAACAAACUGGACGACAUCGUCAAUGUCAAGACUGAACGUGCCGAGGGCAUCAACAUCAAGACUGAAGAUGGCGACACCCUCGACAACAAGACGUACAGCAACAACAACAUCACGAUUGGACGCGACGCCAUGCGCCACGAGAGCGGCCACGAGAGCACCCACUCGAAGACGCGCCAUGUCAAGUUCUGGACCCGCCAGGAGCUGAAGUACAUUGAAAAGAUCUACCACGAGCACGACGGCAUCAGCCCCGGAGACGCGGCGAAGAUGUUCAACGAUCACUUCCGUGGCAAGACCAUCGAUGGCGUCAAGGCCAAGAAGAGGACGAUGCACGCCAUCGCUCACAAGCUCAAGGACCUGAAGGCCAAGCAGACUGCUGAGUAUGUGAAGCAGGAGAAGUGCGAGGAAAGUGAGUGA